AUGAGUUCUCAAUCCGAUGUACCAGUCUUUCACUAUCUCGCCCUCGGACGGCUCGGCCGGGGUGAAGUUCUCAAUCUAUUUCUAAAGGAUGCUGGCGUCGAGUUCAAAGAGAUUCGGUACCCUUACGACGAGACAUGGCCGGCCCAAAAAAAGAAGUUACAAGAGGAAGGCAUUACCAAAACAGGUUUAUUGCCCGCACUUGAGUACAAGGGAUCAAUCUAUACCCAGCACAUCCCGACCCUGCGCUUCCUUGCGCGGGAAUUCGGCGGCUAUGAUGGUGAAACAAGCCAAGAAAAAUAUCUCGUGGAUGCCGUGGCAGAUAUCUACAUUGACUGGCGGACACAGUGGGUUGCUGCGUUGAAGGGAGUAACGAACGAGUACAAGACUGAAUUUCUCCCGAACUACUAUGCCCAGAUUGCCCAAUACUAUUCCCAAAAUAAGGGACCUUAUCUUCUGGGAGACAAAAUCACAUACGUUGACUUUGCAGUCUACCAGUCAAUUGAUAACGAUAUGAGGAUUGGAUCGAUCCCUUUGCCUUCUAAACUUCCAGACGAGCUUGUUCAGCUUAUUGAGACAAUCAAUAAACGGCCAAAUAUUGCCCAGUACCUUGAGAAAAACAAGUUUACUCCUACAUAA